GGCGCACCUAACAGAGAGAAGCAUGGUUGAUAACACAAGUAUAGCAACUAAAUCUGCUCUGCAAGGCUCUUUCUCGCCCGCCAGCAGCCUUCCCCUCCAGGCUCCCUCCGCCUCCUCCCACAGCCCGUUCCCCGGCGCCCAGUCUCACCAGCCCGGCAGCGGCGGCAUGAAGCUCGAGGCGGUCAUGGAGAACCUGCAGCGGCAACAGGCAGCUCGGCUGGCCCUGGAGGAGAAGCUGCGGCAGGCAGAGACAGAGAAAGACCUCCGCUCCAUGGUGGAGUCCCAGAUACACCAACAAGCCCUAGCUUUCCGCCACUAUCAAGCGGCGAUGCGGGGCGCACUGACCGCCGGAGUUGCCAACUCGUCUUCCGGAGUGACGCUCCCACACAUGGAGGCCCGCAGAGCCGACGAGGACGGGAACUCCUCCAGACUGCGUAGCGACGAUAAGGAGAGGGACGAGGAGGGAGACGACAUGAAUGACCAGGAGCUCAUGGGUGAAGAGGAGGAAGGUGAAGACGAUGUCGGGCUGAACCACUACCAGCACCUACACUCCUCGCUCCAGGGCGCCGGUCUGCCUCCGAAGAGCGCCCCGCUGCAUCUCAUGGCUAGAGUCCCGGCGUCCUUUGCCUCGGCCCGCCGCGCAGAGUCUCCAACGGCGCAGUCCCAGCACCACGAGUGGACCUAUGAAGAGCAGUUCAAACAGUUGUAUGAACUGGAUGAUGAUGAAAAGCGCAAAGAGUUCCUUGAUGACCUUUUCAGUUUCAUGCAGAAACGGGGGACUCCAGUGAAUCGGAUUCCUAUCAUGGCCAAGCAGGUGUUGGAUCUCUACAUGCUCUACAAGCUCGUCACAGAAAAAGGCGGCUUAGUGGAAGUCAUCAAUAAGAAAAUAUGGCGUGAGAUCACCAAAGGCCUUAACCUCCCUACCUCCAUUACCAGUGCAGCUUUCACUCUCCGAACACAGUAUAUGAAGUACCUCUACCCGUAUGAAUGUGAAAAGCGGGGACUAAGCUCCCCGGGUGAGCUUCAGGCAGCUAUCGACAGCAACCGGCGGGAAGGCCGUCGGCAGAGCUACGGCUCGGCCAUCUUCAACUACUCUCCUGUAGGCACCCCCACCCUUCUGUCCUCACCAAAAAUACAGAUGUCCCACCUAUCUAUGCCCACUCACAACAGUGGCCAUAUCUCCCAGGUGCCUGUGAUAAAGAAAGAAGAACCCAUGAUGGCCAGCUGCCUGCCCAGCCGAUUGGCCCUCCCUAUGUCACCCAGCGGCCAUCGCGCAGCAGCAGUGGCUGCCCAGGCAGCGGCAGCUCAGGCGGCAGCCGUCCAGGCGGCAGCCCUGGAGCAGCUCAGAGAGAAGCUGGAGAGCGGUGAACCACCAGAGAAGAAAAUGAUGAUGGUGGCAGAGGAGCAGCAGAGGAUCAUGCAGCACACCCUGCAGCAGAACCUGCUGGCACUGGCCACCCAGCUGCCUCUCAACAUCAAACUCAACAACAGAGAUGAUAGACAAGAGACCGCAUUGAACCUGUCUACCAACGGCAUUAGCAGCAUCAACAUGUCAAUAGAAAUAAAUGGAGUUGUCUACACAGGCGUCCUGUUUGCUAGGCAGUCGGCCAUAGCAGCAAUGACAGGACACCGUGGGAGACACAGCAACUGUCAGACUCAGGGAAAGACCAGUCCCACACAGUUCCAGCCUUCCUGCUCCUCCUCUUCCUCGUCCUCGUCCUCUUCCUCACUCCAAGGGUACAGACACUCCUCCCCCUGAAUGUCCACUCCAUCAGAGGGGGAGAUCCAUUCUCUCCUCAAAGACGCCAAGCAGUUGGAGACAUGAUCAUCAGAUAAAUUCCAGCUGUUUUUUAAGGUGGCUUUCUCUCCAUCCACUCGAUCAGAUUCCUUGUAAGUCAGCUAACAGAAGAUUGAAAAGCUGCAAACUUGUAUUUACAGACUAAACAUUUUGGCAAGAGAUCUGCCUGCCCCCCUUAUCCCUGCUCCUCCUCCUCUUUGUGUGUUACCAUUGUCUUUCACAUCCUCAAAGACAUCUGUUCAGUGUGGAAUCGUUCAAAGGCACGGUCUCCAAUCAACUUAAGGUGCAACCUGGAUGAAGCCAAACGAAGACUCCCUCUGCACCGAUUCAAUUAAAAGAUGAGGCGGCUGAACAGCUAACCUUAAGCAAGAAAUUACAGUUGUUGAUGAUGUUUGUAGGCUUUGUGACAAACCUCAGAAACUCACUGCUUACAGCUGAUACCAAAGACGAAAACAAAUCUAUGCUAACUCAACGUCCAGCAUUUACAGUGAGCUUUAGUGCCAACGAUCAAACCUGAAGAUUAUAGCAGGAACACAAACAGACACACAUCUGAAGUGGAAAUCAUCAUGUAUUCUGUAGAAAGGCUUUCUAGAGAAGUAUCAUGUCUCAAUGAUAUCAGAUCUGAUUGGACAGUUAGUUAAUAAUGUCUCACAUAUAGCCAACAAUGAGUCUAGAAAGAGAGAUGUAUGUGGACGUCAAUGCAGUAACAUUAGUCUCUUCUCUUCAACAUUCAGUUCAGUCCACAGAAAAUCAGCCUGCUAACUAGCCAGCAGGCCAACUGAACCAAGCAAAAAAUGUUCAAGUUAACACAUAGCUCUAUCCACUAGUAACAAACAGUGUGUCCCAAUCCCAUAUUGUAUACUAAUAGUAUACAUGUAUCUGUCUGUAUGUUAUCAGGAUCACCUUCACCUGUUAUGUGGCCCCCAAAAAUGGGAUGUCACCAAUCAGCCCAAUUCCCAGACCCUGCCCCAGGUUUGCUCUGUGCCAGUUAGUUUGUAUAAAUUUUAUCACAUUUGUUUAAAGAUAUGCACCAUCUGUGCACAAUUUCAACUCAAAAAUGUAUUAAAACUACAUUUGAUGCA